GACGCUGUGUGUGUACGCGGCGGAGUUGGGUGUGAAGAUGGCGGACGAGGAGGCCGAGAAGGACCGCAGCACUGAGAUCGGCAGCGCCGAAGCGAUUGUGGCGCUCAGAGAACGGCUGCAAGAGCUGGCCACCGAACUGACGGACAGCAGGGAACCUGCCUUGCAUUCCGCUUCCCAGUACUGCCAGAAAUUCUGCCAGACUCUUGUAGAAUAUGCAGGCAGAUGGAAGAUCUCGGAGGCCCCUCUGCCGCUAGUCCAGAUUUACAUGGUAGCCAUAUUAAGUUAUGCUCAAGCUCGACACCAGCUUUCCUCUGAGUGUGACAAUGUAAGCCUUGUGCUUGAACGAUUAGCACUGAGCUGUGUUGAGCUUUUGCUGUCACUACCAGAAGAAACCCCAAGUCAUUUCUGGAAGGAGUUCCAGACUUCAGUUCUGACAGCCCAUAAUCUACUACUGGAGAAUGGAAACUCUGAACUUCAGAUGCUCUGUGCCAUUGCUCAGGAGAAUGGUGUGUGGACAAACUCGGCGCUGCAGUGCAUUCUCUCGAAGGAAGCACCACAAGUGGAAACAGUAAAUGAGUUUCUUAGGUUGGAGGGUCCUGUUCUACUAGAGAUGCGCAUCAAGCACCUUAUCAAAGAGAAGCACAUAGAAAAGGCAGCAUCACUAGCAAAGGCCUGCUCCGAUCAUCCUGAGCUCAGGGCAAAGAGCAGUUUCAAACAGACCUACCUGGUGUGUCUUACUGCUGUGGCUCAACAGGAACAGCUUAUGCAGGAGAUUUCAGAAAUUGACUGUAAGGAUGCGCUAGAGAUGAUCUGUAACCUUGAGUCGGACGGGGAUGAAAAAGCUGCUCUCAACUUGUGCACAGCAUUUCUAACUCGACAGCUGCUGCAAGGAGAUAUGUAUUGUGCCUGACCCUGUCCAACAUCAUCAAAAAGACGUCAAGCACAGG